AGGUAGAGAUACCAAAACCAUCUCUUUCAAAUUGAAUUUGGAAUUCUACAAAAUAAAAAUAUAAAAAAUUAAAGAAAAAACCUCAAUUGAAAAGGCGAGUCAAAUUACCUCACAGAAUUUCAAAGAGAAGAAAAUCGCCGCCGGAUGUUGACGACGGCCUCACCAAAUCCCCAAUCUCCGACCGUCCAAUGCCACCGAAACUAAUCUCCGACGCAAAGCGCCGCACUCAUCCUCUCGUUUGGCUCGCCGCCGUACUCUGUACUGUAGUUUCAAUCGCCGUCAUAAUCGGAGGCAUCGUCAUCUUCAUCGGUUACCUAGUAAUCCACCCUAGGAUUCCGACGGUUAGCGUUCUCGACGCUCAUCUCAACAAAUUCCAGAACGAUCUCGCCGGCCGCCUAGAAGUUCAGUUAACGAUAAUCAUCGAGGCGGAGAAUGAUAACGCGAAAGCUCACGCGAGUUUCUCCGAUUCGAGUUUCUUCCUCUAUUUCAUAGGGAUGAAGAUCGCGCAGCUUAAAGCGGAUCCAUUCGAAGUGAGGAAGAACAGUUCUCUGAAGUUCCAUUACGCCGUCGUUUCGGAUUCGAUUCCUCUAAAUCCAGAGCAAAUGGAGAAAGUUGAUAACGAUUUGAAGGCAGAUCUGAGUGGAUUCGUUUUGACAGGGAAUACGAGAGUUCAAUGGCGAGUUGGAUUGCUUGGAUCUGUGAAGUAUGAAUGUCAUCUUCAUUGUGAGCUUAAAUUUCAUCCUUCUAAUGGAACUUACAUGAGUUCGCCUUGCAGUUCCAGAGCUAAAUGAUUUCUUCUUUGUUCUUUAGGAUCAAUUUUUUUUUUCGCCACUCUUUUGAAUUAGCGAAAAUAAAAUUUGAAAAGUUUGAAAUAAUUUCAUGACAAAUUUUCAUUUUCUGUUUCUUGGAAAAUGUACGAUUCCUAUUUAGUGUAUUAGACAACUAUUGAUGAGAUAACAAGGCCUUUGAUUCUUAAUUUUUGAAUCA